UAUUUAUGUCAAAACAGUGGAGGGAAGCAAAUAUAUGGCCAAGUCAGAAUCUUGUGAGAUAUUUUAUGCCGUCAGAUUUCAAAUUAAAAUUCCCAAAGACAAGAAUCAUUAUUGAUGGAACCUAAAGCACCUAGAGCUCAGCAGUCAACAUAUUCAACAUACAAGAACAGGAACACUAUAAAAGUUCUUGUUGGCUCAACUCCUGGUGGAUUAGUUAACUAUAUUUCUGAAGCUUAUAGAGGGUCUACAAGUGACAGACAAAUUGUUGAACGGUGUAAAAUUGUUAGUACCUGUGACCCCGGGGAUAGUGUCAUGGCCGAUAAAGAUUUUAACGUUGAGGAUUUAUUUGCUACAGCGAAUGUACGAGUAAAUGUACCAAAGUUUUUCAAAAAGAAAAAUAGGAUGUCUGGGAAAAUAGUUCUUAAAGACAGGAAAAUAUCCAGUAAAAGGGUACAUAUUGAAAGAAUUAUUGGACUAGGAAAAACUUACAAGAUCUUGACAUGUCCUUUAACGGGCAUGGAAACAAAAUUGUCGUCUCAUUUAACUUAUGUCUGUUUUAUGUUGUGUAACUUCAAAACAUGUAUUGUUCCAAAACAUGCUUAGCACAUAACAACAUAGUUUCUGUUAACAGUUCAAUGUUGAUGUAAAAGAAAACCUAACACUUUGAUAUAAUCAAUAUAUAUAAUAUAUAAUGAUGCAUACUUUCUACAUUUUUAUAAUCAAACAAGACAUUAAAAACAAGUUAAAUAAACAAUUUCAAAACUUCAUUUUGUGUUUAUUCCUGAAGUUAAACUUGGAACAUGAAUACUUGAUGUAGCAUCAGUACAAAUUUGAAAGAUUUAUGACGGACCAUUACUAACCAUUACUAACUAUUUACUCCUUUUGAUACCAUGAUAUCAUUUACAUGAUGGACAGUGAAGAUACUAAUAGAGGAGCAAGUAAGGGCAUUGCAAACUGACCUAGAUAACAAUAAUAGGAAGCAACCACACUGCAACUGUACCACCACCAUGGAAAAGGUAUUUGCGUCGGUGCUGCACUCUGUUGUGUAUGAGAG